CGUUGCUUGGACAAGUGAAAUUCAUUGAAGGAUUAAUUGGAGACAGAUAAAAGUGACUGCUAAUUUUUAAACUAAAUAACAGUGGUCUACAAUUUACAGUUCAAAAGUUUGUGAGCGUGUUUUUAUUGGUAAACAUUUCUGAAAAUGCGGUUAGCAACAUUUUUAAGCAUCUUCUCUCUGCUUUGCUUCUGGGCCAAUGGCUCGGCUGGGCAGUUUCUGUUCGAAACCCCAAAGCACUUAACGCAUUUGCAACCAACGCAGUAUGCACCGCAGUACGCAACGCACCAGCAGGAACCACAAAAUCAUAUACAACCACGUUCAUCUUAUGGCUUACCAGCAUCACAUAUGAUGCGGUCCCAACGUUCUCUGUACGGUGGCUGGGGGCCUGUAAGUGAUGGUCCUGUUAGCUAUGGCAGCGUCGGUCCAGUUAACUCUCUUGGCACUAUUGGCAUAACGAAAGAAGAGCUGAUAGCACUGCUCGAAGCGUGGAAGGAGGUUGAAAACCCAGCACCAGAGCCUGCACCCGAGCCAGAGCCAGAACCCGAACCAGAGCCUGAACCAGAGCCAGAACCUGAGCCGGAACCUGAACCAGAGCCAGAGCCUGAACCAGAGGAGCCAGCACCUGCACCACCAGCUGGUGCUAAACCGCCACCACCCGGUGUACCACUAACUGUUUCUCUGCCAGCUUUCGUACCCAUACAAUUGUCUGCUAUGUAUACAGCACCAGCACCACCGGCACCACCAGCUGAGGUUGAAGCAGAGCCCGAACCCGAGCCAGAACCAGAACCAGAGCCAGAACCUGAGCCAGAACCAGAGCCCGAGCCUGAACCUGAAGAGGAACCCGAACCUGUACCCGCACCAGUUUACGGCGGCUAUGGUCUUGGCCAUCACCGCUUUUCUUAUCUUUCACGUACACCGUUCAGGCGUACAAAGCCGUUCGCAAAAAAUCCUUUUAUUCGAACUUCAACAAAAUCAGGAGCACGAAAAUCUAAGAACAGCGCUAGAAAGAGUACUAAAGCAAAAUCAAAAGCCUUGGCAAAGCCAAGAAACACUAAAUUCCCAGCUAUUCGCUUCCCUGUUUCAAAUGCGAAACAAUUCGCCUCCAACAAUUUCAUAGCGUCCAAGCCAAGAAACUUGAGACUACCACAUAGCGUGAGACCAAGAAGCUUCACGGCCCUGCCACCACCACCAUUUCUGGCCGACCCCCCAGCUCCAUUGAAAUUAGUGCCAUCCUCUGAAUUGUUAAGUCAUUGGGCUUAGACCUGUACUGGAUCCUAAAUGCUAAUACAUCAGAUAGACUAUUUUCAUAAAAUAUUCCUUAUUCAAUUUCAUAAAUAAAAUAUAU